AUGUACUGACUUCGCUAGGGCUUUCAUGUAGCCUGUUGUAAAACUAGGCAAAUAUCUUGAUGAGUUGAUGUACCCCCUGGAAGAUCUCUGAAUACCUCCAGGAGUAUGUGUACCCCUGAUUGAGAACCACUGCUCUACAGGGUAGCAGUGAAACCAUCUAAACACACAGUGCUUGCCAAUCCACAGAGUAAACACACUGAAAAAAUACAUUUUCUGUAACUUCUUUUAGGCUGUGCCUACACUUAAAAUGCUACAACAGCACAACUGCAGUGGUGCCGCUAUAGCGCUUCAGUGUAAACGCUCGCCACGGCAACAGGAGGGGUUCUCGUGUUGCUGUAGGUAAUCCACCUGCCCAAAAGGCAGUAGCUAGAUUGACAGAAGAAUUCUUCUGUUGAACUAGCGCUGUCUACGCUGGGGGUUAAGUCGGUUUAUUACGCCUCUCAGGGGUGUAUGGGUAUCAUCACAAGCUAAUAAGAAUGCCCAUACUGGGUCAGACCAAAGGUCCGUCUAAUCAUCUCAAACAAUUUUACUAAGAUCCAUUUUUUCUCCAUUAGCCUUACAUUUUGGACCUAAUCUAUCUGGCAGUCCUAUUAAAUGUAGAACCAGAGCUCUGCUCACCUACCCAAUGUGCAGCUCCAAGCAUCUUGUUGACACUAAACAAAUAAUAAAUAACCAUUGUGAAGAACUGAGAAAUAAAAACAAAAUUUCUCCCUUGUCUGACUUAUGGUUUUAGUAAUUAUUUUUAAGUUUCCUGACUCUGCUGUCUGACUGCAGUAAACAUAUACAAGUCUACCCCGAUAUAACGCUGUCCUUGGGAGCAAAAAAUCUUACCGCGUUAUAGGUGAAACUGCGUUAUAUCGAGCUUGCUUUGAUCCACCGGAGUGCGCAGCCCUGCCCCCUCCCUGCCCCGGAGCACUGCUUUACCGCGUUAUAUCAGAAUUCGUGUUCUAUCGGGUUGCGUUAUAUCGGGGUAGAGGUGUAUUUCUAAUCCUCUGCAAAAGAGGAAGCUUCUGUCCCCAUCAUUCAGUCGGUUUAACAUCUUAUUCUUUUUUAGACCUGUCCCCACUAAGAACAGGGCCAUGUUACCUAAAGCUGUGAUUUGGUGAGGUCAGCUGUAGCCACAUGUACAAAGGCUGCUUUUGGCUAGUCUUCAUAUCUGUGUAGGAGACUGCCUGCGUAGACCAGAUUGCAGGACUUGGAAACACGUUCUGCUGCUUGUGGUACUGAGUAUCGAUAGGUGUCUUAUAAUGUUGAAGAUAAUGGCAGAGUUUCAAACAAUUAAGUCUUGUGACAAGUGAAGGCGUUGCCUCUCAGAAAACCUACCAAUCGUGCUGGUGUGAAUGUUCCAGCUGGCUUCUAACAGGCGUUACUACUGGCUGGAAAUGGGUUCUCAUUGCCUGGCGCGAUUGAUCAAGAGGACAGCAUGGCCGCCACUGCAGCAGUCAGUCCCAGUGAAUACCUGCAGCCUGCUGCUUCCACAGCACAGGACUCUCAGCCCUCUCCACUAGCCCUGCUUGCAGCAACAUGUAGUAAAAUCGGUCCUCCCGCCGUGGAAGCCGCCGUCACGCCUCCGGCCCCGCCUCAGCCCACACCUCGAAAACUUGUCCCCAUCAAACCCGCGCCAGUUCCUCUGGGUUCCAGUAAAAACAGCUUUGGGAUCUUGUCGUCGAAAGGGAACCUCUUCCAGAUCCAGGGGUCUCAGCUUGGGACAUCCUAUCCUGGGGGGCAACUGGUUUUUGCCAUUCAGAAUCCAACCAUGAUCAACAAAGGGGCCCGCUCGUCGACGAACAUCCAGUACCAGACUGUCCCACAGAUUCAAGCAGCAGGGGGGCAGACCAUACAAGUUCAGCAGAACCUCGCCAAUCAGAUUCAGAUUAUCCCCGGCACUAACCAAGCGAUCAUUACCCCCUCCUCUUCCACGCACAAGCCAGUGCCAAUCAAGCCGGCUCCCGCGCACAAGGCAGGGGCAUCGUCUGUGCAGAGUGCAAGCAACGUCGUCAAGCUGACCGGCGGCAGCAACGUAACGCUCACCCUGCCGGUUAAUAACCUGGUGAACGCCGCUGAGCCCGGCGCUCAGGCUCAGAUCAUAACCGAGAGCCCGUCAAAGCCCUGUAAAAAGACUAGAAAGAAGGCCAUGUCACCAGCCCAGACGACAGCCAUGGCGGUGGCCGAGCAAGUAGAAACGGUGUUGAUAGAGACUACGGCAGAUAACAUCAUCCAGGCCGGCAAUAACCUGUUGAUAGUGCAGAGUCCUGGCUCAGGCCAGCCAGCGGUGGUGCAGCAGGUCCAGGUGGUCCAACCCAAGCAAGAGCAGCAGGUGGUCCAGAUUCCCCAGCAGGCCCUGAGAGUGGUCCAGGCGGCCUCAGCCACUCUCCCUACCGUCCCCCAGAAGUCCUCUCAGAACUUUCAGAUCCAGGCAGCUGAGCCAACUCCUACGCAGGUCUACUUCAAAACACCUUCAGGGGAGCUGCAGACCGUGCUGCUUCAGGAAGCCCCAGCUGUGACGGUGGCCCCGUCUCCCACCUCGUGCAGCAGCCCCGUGUCCCGCAGCUCCCAAGCAGGAGGGAGCUGCAAAAAGCCAGCCGCCCGCAAAGAGCGCACCCUGCCAAAGAUCGCCCCUGCCGGAGGCAUCAUCAGCUUGAACGCGGCUCAGCUGGCAGCUGCGGCCCAGGCGAUGCAGACCAUCAACAUUAACGGUGUCCAAGUCCAAGGAGUACCUGUCACCAUCACCAACACCGGAGGCCAGCAGCAGCUGACGGUCCAGAACGUGUCUGGCAACAACCUGACCAUCAGCGGCCUGAGCCCAACCCAGAUCCAGUUGCAGAUGGAGCAGGCGCUGUCCGGGGAGAUCCAGCCUGGGGAGAAGAGGCGGCGCAUGGCGUGCACCUGCCCCAACUGCAAGGACGGGGAGAAAAGGUCAGGGGAUCAGGGGAAGAAGAAGCACAUCUGCCACAUCCCUGAGUGCGGCAAGACUUUCCGCAAGACCUCGCUGCUGCGGGCCCACGUCCGCCUGCACACGGGCGAGCGCCCGUUUGUCUGCAACUGGGUCUUCUGCGGGAAGAGGUUCACGCGCAGCGACGAGCUGCAGCGGCACGCCCGGACGCACACAGGUGAUAAGCGUUUUGAGUGUGCGCAGUGCCAAAAGCGCUUCAUGAGAAGUGACCACCUGACGAAGCACUAUAAAACCCACCUGGUCACCAAGAACUUGUAGGCUUAGCGGCAGCCAGACGGGGGCCGCCAGCUGGCCCUCUAAGCACUGGCUAAGGCCCGCACUGUCAUGGACAGUCCCUGGCAAGGGUACGGCGUAGGGGUUGGGCAGACGGCCAGCCCUGGGACUCCGCAGCCGUAGUCGCGCUCCUGGCUUUGAUACCCUCCCAGAGGUGUCCGCGCGGGGAGAGGAGUCAUUGCUGAUCUUCCUUCCUUGGAAGCCAUCCGCCUUCCAGCACAAUCCUUGGGAAUCCAGCUCCUUCCUCCGCAGAGCGCGUCAGAGCCGGACAUUGAUCGCACGGGCCGGGACGAAGGAGAAGCCCUUGUUUCCAAAGGAAAAUGCUGACAUGGGUGCGAGCGGCAGCCCCUGCGCCGCAGGCUGGGGGGACUGAACAAGCAGGGCCGUGCCAACCUCGUGUAAACGGCACGAGGAUGCCAGCGAAACUUUCUCACGGUGGGCCCCCUCCUCCCCGCGCUUGUGAAGCUUUGACACAGCAGGGGGCAGCACUCCACAGACAGCCCACCCGGCGCUCUGCGGCACAUUCCUACUUUAUAUUUAAAAUCUAUAAAUAUCUAUAAAUAUCUCUCUAUAUAAACUCCUUUGGAAGGUCCUUUUUUUCUAUGGAAAUUGUUGCCUUACGCUCCCAGCUCCCGAGUAUGAACAUUGUGUAUCGUGAGUGCUUUUUUUUAUUUUAUUUUUUAUUUAAUUGUGCCCGGUUAAUAAUCUCCCCUCCCAAUCCUUUUCCCUCCAAAGUUCUUUUCCAAUAAUGAAUUGAAGAGGGUUUUUUUCUCUCCGCUGAUUUAUUUUUCCUUUUCAUUUCCCAGUGACACGGCGUUUCCUUUUGAAUCUUGGAUCUUUAAAUCCUCUUUUGCCCAUAAUGCCGACCCCCCCCCCCACCUCCCCGCACUGUGUAUAGUGUAUAUUGUAUCAUAGACUAUAUUGCUUCCGUGUUUACUACAUGUUUCAAAAACAUAUGGCUUGUUAUUUUUGAGCUUUUAAAUUAAAAAAAAAAUCCACUUUAUUUUUUAGGUGUAACUGCUUGAGGUAUGUUUUAUGAAUUAAGUGACCGAUCUGUUAUUCUUUAUUAACGAUGUAACUGGCUGGCUGGUGCAGAGUCAGCCAAGAGUUUUUUCUUGCUAAAUAAAUUUAGUCGCCAGAGGCAAACCCAG